GCCCCACUUUACAUGUAGAGAUUACUUUAAAAUUUUUAAAAAAUAAAAUCCUUUGUAUGUUACUAUAAUUACCACUUAUCACUCAUUCACUUAAGAAGUAGUUACCCAACCACAUAUGGUAAGUUUGUUGUAUAAAUAGGGGAUAUAUAACUGAGACUUUUAAAUCCUUGUAUUAGCUUGGUAAAAGUAAAAUACAUUUCAGAAUUUUAGAAAUCUGUUUAGGAUUUGGAUCUUGAAGGUCUUGAAGUUUUCUAGGUCUUUGAGGAUUUCUUCAUUUUAAACCUCUUUUAUAAGCCUUGUGCUUGCAUCAGUACCCUUCAAAAUUUUAAUACUUAUUAUAUUUUAAAACAUAAAUACAUUUGAAAGGAUGGAUUUUGGUGGUAGGUGAGACUGGUUCCUUUAUGUGUCAUUGGUCUCCAAGAGCUCAUACUAAAGAAGACGUAGAAUCUAAAGCCUGAAAUGUCCAUCAACCCCCCGCCCAAUAAAAACAACAAAAUCAUACUUAAAUAAAAUGUCAUUUUGUAGCCUAAAGAAGAACAUGUUUUCACUAAGUUCCAAUGAGCUGUUUUGAUUGGACAGCCAUGUGAAAUGUUCUCAUGGUGAGAGAGUUUGAGAAUGUAGUUUAAAAAAAAAGUAGUUUCAUGUAAACAGAUUCUAAACAAGCUCAUCAAUUCAACUAAAAAUGAUUCCAUCUAGAUUUUAUGUCGUCUGUAUUCCUUGUUAUAGCAUUUUAACAGUGCUUACCAUUGAUUUGUCAUCACAUGAGAGUGGAAAACACAAUAAAUCAUUUGUUAGUUAUAAAAAGGGCAUGUCUGAAGGAUUGUGUAGUGUUCCCUCCUAUUUUGCACAUCCUGUGCGUGGGAGUUAACUUUGUAUUUUCUGUAGUGUUUGGGUGCACAGUCAUUUGAGGGAACAACUGUAUUAUUGACAUUUUGCAAUUUUUAAGUGUUUUGAAACUUGCCCUGAUAGAAAAUAAAAUCCUUACUCUUGUUCAAAAGAUUCACUGAUCAAAAAUUUCAACAAAUGAAAUAAAAUAAUUAGAACAAAUGACAUUUAUCCAGGAAAUUUAUGCAAAUAAACUUACCAGAAGCUCAAUUCCAAAGUCAUUGCUUCAGUAUUACAUAGAUACAUAGAUCAGAAAGUCAGGUGGUCUGCUGAAGUAUCCCUUUGUGACUUUAUAUUGAAGAAUAAACAUUUCCCUAGUGACUUUUAAGAAUGAAUUCAUGUAUGAUGUUGGGUAUGACAUAAGCCAAGUAAUUGUGAGAUAUGAAGAAGGAGGUAGAGUAAAUCAUCCCUUGGCUACAUCAUAGGGACAGGUUUUUUAAAAAUGAAUGCUUCCUUAGGUAGUCAAACGAGUAAAAAGAAAUUUUUUGAAGAGAGUGUUGAUAUUAUCAGAAGGAGAUGCUUGAGGAUUGGUAUGAAACUGCAAAGCUUUACAGAAUAGUUUUCAACACUGUUGGUAUUCUCUAAUACAUAUGAUAUUAAAUAACAUUUAUAAUGUAGAGAUGUUGGGGGAAACAUUUAGGAAUCAUGAAAGAAGAUUAAGAUUGUUUCACAUAUCAUACCUAAUAAACAGAAAUGAAUUUGUGAAUACAGUAUAUGAUAAAAUUUCGAAGGUCAAGACCUGUGUCUUAUUCAUUGUUGCAUUGUUAUAUCAUCACUGACAAGGGCACUACUAAGUACAAGGCAAGAGUUCAAUGUAUGUUUGUAGUAGGGUGAAAUGGAUAGACCAGAUAUGUCGGUUAAUAUAAAAACUCAUCACAUUUCUAAUAAUUUGGAAGCAAGAGAAAGUAUAUAUUAAAGAAGGCUUUAUAAUUUAAGAUAUUAAAUAUAUUAACAUUAAAACGUGGCUUGUUCAGUUAGGCGCUGGAUUGUGAUUAUUGUAGCUGGUUAAACUGAAGCAGCAGGGCUGCAGUUUCCCAGUGCGGACUGUGGGCGCCGCUGUUGGCCAAAGUGCAGAGCUUGGGCACUGGCCAUCUUCUCGCGCAGCCGCAGCGCACUUUCCCUGUAUCAGGCUCUCUAGCUCGAGCCUUUACACAACUUCCUCCUCUGGAAAAGAGGGAACCCGACCCUCACGCUGGAAAUAUAGCCUGUUCGGAGCUCCGGACAUCUGCAGCACAGAGAUUAUUUGUAAUCCGGCGUCUCCAGGCCGGUGAGCAACCUGAGGGGAGCAAAAGGGAUGGGGAGCGGCGCUGGGGAAAGGGGCUGGGCUGAGAGGCGGCCAGUGCUCUUUCCCUUCCUGCUGUCUUUGUUCUGCCCGGCGCUCUCAGAGCAGAUCCGCUAUCGGAUUCCCGAAGAAAUGCCCGAGGGCUCGGUGGUGGGGAACCUCGCCAAGGAUUUGGGACUCAGCGUCCAUGAGUUACCGAGUCGACAACUGCGCAUCAGUUCGGAAAAACCUUACUUCACUGUGAGCGCCAAGAGCGGGGAGCUACUUGUGAGCGGCAGGCUAGACCGGGAGCAGAUUUGUGGGAAGAAGCCAGCCUGUGCUCUGGAAUUUGAGGCUGUUGCUGAAAAUCCGUUGAACUUUUAUCACGUGAGUGUGGACAUCGAAGAUAUUAAUGACCACACACCAAAAUUCACGCAAACUUCUUUUGAGCUGCAAAUAAGUGAGUCUACGGUGCCAGGCACACGGUUUAUAUUAGAAGCAGCGGAAGAUGCCGAUAUUGGCUUAAACUCUCUGCGGAUUUAUAAACUCUCUCUUAGCCCUAGUUUCUCAUUGAUAAAUAAAGAGAAACAAGAUGGUAGUAAAUACCCAGAAUUGGCGUUGGAGAAACGUUUAGACCGGGAACAACAGAGUUACCAUCGUUUAGUUCUGACUGCCAUGGAUGGCGGAGAUCCCCCACUAAGCGGCACCACUGAGCUCCGUAUCCAGGUCACUGAUGCCAAUGAUAACCCCCCUGUAUUCAACCAGGACAUGUACAGAGUAAGCCUUCCAGAAAACGUGCCCCCAGGCACCACAGUGCUGCAAGUAUCAGCCACUGACCAAGAUGAAGGCAUCAACUCGGAAAUCACUUAUUCUUUCUACAGGACUGGGCAAGUCUUCAGUCUGAAUUCAAAGAGCGGGGAAAUUACAACUCUAAGAAUGCUGGAUUUCGAAGAAAUCAAGGAAUAUUCUAUAGUGGUGGAAGCGAGGGAUGGUGGAGGACUGGCUGCACAAUGUACAGUUGAAAUUAAUAUUCAGGAUGAAAAUGACAACAGCCCAGAAAUUACAUUCCAUUCUCUAGUCGAAAUGAUUCUGGAAAACGCAGCGCCAGGAACGCUAAUUGCUUUGAUCAAAAUAUACGAUCAAGAUUCCGGGGAGAAUGGGGAGGUUAGUUGUCGAUUAGAGGGUGAAGUUCCUUUUCAGAUAAUCUCUUCAUCAAAAAAUUCAUAUAAAUUGGUAAUAGAUGGGACUCUGGACCGAGAACAGACCCCAGAGUACAAUGUCACCAUCACAGCCACCGACAGGGGAAAGCCGCCCCUCUCAGCUAGCAAAAGUGUCACUUUGAUCAUCACUGAUAUCAACGACAACGCUCCGGUUUUCCUCCAGGCCUCCUACAUGGUUCACGUGAUGGAGAACAACCCUCCUGGAGCCUCCAUCGCCCAAGUCAGCGCCUCCGACCCCGACCUAGGGCCCAACGGCCGCGUGUCCUACUCCAUCGUGGCCAGCGACCUGGAGCCGCGGGCGCUGGCGUCCUACGUGUCCGUGAGCGCGCAGAGCGGCGUGGUGUUCGCGCAGCGCGCCUUCGACCACGAGCAGCUGCGCGCCUUCGAGCUGACGGUGCAGGCCCGCGACCAGGGCUCGCCCGCGCUCAGCGCCAACGUGAGCCUGCGCGUGUUGGUGGGCGACCGCAACGACAACGCGCCUAGGGUGCUGUACCCGGCGCUGGGGCCCGACGGCUCGGCGCUCUUCGACACGGUGCCGCGCGCCGCGCAGCCCGGCUACCUGGUCACCAAGGUGGUGGCGGUGGACGCCGACUCGGGACACAAUGCGUGGCUGUCGUACCACGUGCUGCAGGCCAGCGAGCCCGGACUCUUCAGCCUGGGGCUGCGCACGGGCGAGGUGCGCACUGCGCGUGCUUUGGGCGACAGGGACGCGGCCCGCCAGCGCCUGCUGGUCGCCGUGCGGGACGGGGGACAGCCGCCCCUCUCUGCCACCGCGACGCUGCACCUGGUUUUCGCCGACAGCCUCCAAGAAGUACUGCCGGAUGUCAGCGACCGCCCGGAGCCCUCUGACCCCCAGGCCGAGCUGCAGUUUUACCUGGUGGUGGCUUUGGCCUUGAUCUCGGUGCUCUUCCUCCUUGCGGUGAUUCUGGCGGUGGCCCUGCGCCUGCGCCGCUCCCCCAGCCCCGCUGCCUGGGGCUGCUUUCAGCCUGGUCUUUGUGUCAAGUCUGGACCUGUGGUUCCUCCUAACUACAGUGAGGGGACUUUGCCUUAUUCCUACAAUUUGUGCGUUGCCCAGACUGGAAAGACAGAGUUUAAUUUUCUAAACUGUAAUGAGCAGUUGAGUUCAGGACAAGAUAUACUACUUUGCAGUGAUUCAUCUGGGGCCUUAUUUCCGCUUUGUAAUUCCAGUGAGUCGACUUCCCAUCCUGAAACUCAAAUGGCGAUUUAAGUGACCUUUACAAUAAGAAGUUUAAGACUACUUUGAACUGCAUAUUUUCUUUAUGGAAGUAUUGAAGUGGAAACUUGCUUUUCAAUAUAUGUUUAUUUGAAUAUUCCAAAUGCCAUAACCUGUGUAUGCAUUAUGUAUUCACAUAGAAGAGUACAAAAAAUUUAAACCAGCAUAAAAGUUUAACAUUCACAAAUAUGUAACUUUAAAAAACCAAUCCUUUCAAAAUUUAGCAGUAUUAGGUGAGAGAAGCUAUUACUGUUGCCUUAUUAAAAUUAUUUUUGUGAAUGAAAUUUUAAGGAAAACUUACUCCAGCAAAUUCAUUAUCUGAAUAAAUUAAUCUUAUAAAAUAACUUCAAAGUGAAUAAUCCAUGUAUAUAUAAAACUAAGAAGAAGAAGUCUAUUUCCAAAGAGGAUUGCACAUUGUGGUUACUGUAGAAAAUAAUGACAUACAGAAAAUUUUUGAAACAUUAUAAAACUGAAGUUAGAAUAAUUUACAUAUCUAGAAAGAAAGCAAAAUUCUACCAAGAAUAAGUUAAUUUGAUGUUAAGAAAAAAUGGCAGUUUAACAAUACAUUUAAUAGAAGUUCCAUUCCACUUCAUUUUCAACUAACAUUCCAAAAUGGUAAUUGCUUUUGAAAUGAGAAUGCGAGAAACAGUGAGACAAGUCUACAUAGUUAGAAGAGUAUUGUCUUUCUCGGUUAUCUAUAAUCAAGCAUUACUUAUCUCAGUGCAUGUAGUGACAGGUUAGGACUCCGAGUGCCACUGUUCACCAACUUUAAGAAAAGUUCAAUCAGCUCUCCAUCCAGCUGUUCAGAUCUGCAACUACACAGAGUCCCACAGAGCCCACAAACCUCAGCAAAAGCUGCCACAAAACUCACCUUCUUGGGGCACUCUGGUUUCUCCUUAGGAAAAAGAUCAUCAUAAUUUGCAGGAGGUUAAAGAACCUAAGGAGUCAGUUUGCACAGAAAGCAUUCUGAAAAACAAUAUCCAUAGUGAAGCAACAACAGCCACUCCACUGAAUUGCCCGCACUGCAAAGGACUGGUUCUGCUGUGCCUGUGGAGGCUAUGGGAGACCAGGGCCAGCCAGAUCCACUACUCGGCACCUGAAGAGACAGAAGAAGGCUAUAUCCUGGGGAAAUAUCUCCAAGGAUCUGGGGCUGGUGGACCAUGGAGUCUGCAGAAGUAGGACUCAGUUUUUCGCUCUGAACCUGCAAAAUGGCUUGUCUUGGUCACUGCAGGCAGGAUAGACUAGGAGGAACUCUGCGCUCAGAGCACACAGUGGCUAGUAAAUAUCAAUAUCCUGGUUGAGGGCAGAAGAAAACUUUUUGGGAUAGAAAUAGAAAUCACUGAUAUCAAUGAUAAUAAUCCAAAAUUCCAGGUCGAAAAUCUGGAAGUAAAAGUUAAUGAAAUCGCUGCACCGGGAACACAUUACCCACUCCCAGAGGCUGUUGACCCGGAUGUGGGCAUGAAUUCCUUACAGAGCUACCAGCUCAGCCCCAAUCACUACUUCUCUCUGGAAGUGCAGACUGGAGAUGACGGAACUCUACACCCAGAGCUGGUGCUGGAGCAGGCCCUGGACCGAGAGGAAGAGGCUGCUCACCAUCUGCUCCUCAUCGCCUCUGAUGGCGGUGACCCGCGUCGCUCCAGCACAGUGCACAUCCACGUGACGGUGUUGGAUACAAACGACAAUGCCCCGGUUUUUACUCAACCGAUUUACCGAGUGAAAGUCCCAGAGAACGUGGCCCCGGGCACCCUGCUGCUUACUGUGAGCGCUAGCGACCCAGAUGAGGGAGCCAAUGGAGAAGUGGCCUAUAGAUUUUGGAAAAUUAGUGAAAAGCAAUCUCCACUAUUCCAUCUUAAUGAAAAUACCGGUGAAAUAUCAACAGCAGGGAGUCUAGACUAUGAAGAAUGUGCAUUUUAUGAAAUGGAAAUACAAGCUGAAGAUGUGGGGGCACUUUUAGGGAGGACCAAAGUGCUCAUUUCAGUGGAAGAUGUAAAUGACAAUAGGCCAGAAGUGAUCAUUACAUCUCUGUUUAGUCCAGUCUUAGAAAAUACUCUUCCUGGAACAGUAAUUGCCUUUUUGAAUGUGCAUGACCGAGACUCCGGGAAGAAUGGUCAAGUUGUCUGUUACACUCCUCAUAAUUUACCUUUUCUUUUUUUUUCUUUUUCUUUACUCUUCCUCCUCCUC